AUGGAGUUUCAGAAAUUCAAGUUCUUGUGCUUAGACAAACUGGACAUUGGUCAACGGAAUGCCUCCUCUGAUGAUUUCCCCAAGCUUGAAAGACUCCUCUUACAAAAUUGCAAAGACCUUGAAGAAAUUCCGGAGGAUUUCACAAACUCUGGACAAAACAUUUUCUUUUUAACUUCUCUUCAUCUGUACAUUGCUGCUGCUGCUUUUUGCAACUGUAUCGAUAUUCUCAUUAACAUACUUUAUACUAACCUGUCUGUCGCAGAAAAUUUGGAGAUGAUGGCUUCUGCCGCUCGUGCUGGUUCUACAAGCUUGGAUCGCCUUAAUGCUGCACUGAAAUGCAUAAAGUAUCCCUCGGAGAUCCUAUCAAGAGUCAGAGAUGAUUGUAAUAUUUUGAAAAAACUUUGGGAAUCCGCUCAUAAGAGAAGUGAUCAUGCCGCUACAGAUGAGGAGAAGAAGAAUAUGCACUUCUUCUGCCUCAGGAUUGAAGCUACAGCUGAGGAGAUGGCCCUGGAGCUUAUUCGUUUCCGUGAAGAAAAGAUGGUGGAUGAUCACCGGGUAAAAGAUGAAGAAUCCCUAAACGAACUAGCCCUUGAUUGUGCAACAAAAACCAUGCGCUUGAGUGCUGAAGUUGAAGAAGCUCUUGACCAUCUGUACAUGAUGUGGUCAAGAGGCGGAGACGGCAGCGGCAGCAGCUCAUUUGUGUUUGAUUGCUUUUACACACAUUUACUACGAUAUGUACGAUCAACUGUGUCCGCAAUCGAGACUAUGGCAGCUAAUCACUGUGGUGAUGGAGAUUCCUUGUAUGAUAAUAUAGGGUACAUCCAAAGUUACCUUGAUUCAUUAUUUUCUCAUGCCCGUAAAAUCCCGGGAGCAACAACGGAUGAUGUACUACAACAUACUCAACAUCGUUGGCGUGCACGUGGACUGCCUAGUUUUGAUGCUUGCGUUGGCCAUGUUUUAUCCCUGGCCCUACGAAUUGCAAACCGGUGUCGUGAGUACUGGUUAAAUUGCGAGGCAGGCCGAAUCCAGGUGAUGAGAAGAGAGCUGAUUGAAUUCCUGGUGGACUUGCGCCCUGAGAUUCAUCCUAGUAAUCCCAAAUUCAUGGAUUUCCUUCUCAAUUUCCUCAUGGCUCUCUGCCUCAUGGCUCUCUGCUGCACCGAGAAAUUUGCGUUGAAGGAUUUUCUGCGGAGUUUUUGCCGCUAUCUCUUCUUGUAUGUAAAUGGACAUUUUCGAGAAGAGGCUGAGCUUUUUCUUGUGGUGCAAAUCCAUGGCAUGAAAAGGAACACAAACACUACUUCUCUUUCCUGUGGUAUGCUUCCCGAUUCAGUAAUGGAUGACUGUAGACGAAUCCCUGAGAGACUGCACAAAUACUCCGAGAAGCUGCCGCCAGAAACGAGAUUAUAUAGGCAAAAGUUGGUGGCACUGAUUGAAUCAGCAUUCGAGGAGGAAAAAUCUCUUCAUGAGUCAUCUUGGCGGAAGGAAACCACAGCGUCAGUGGCAAAAAAGAAAAGACAGCAAAUUGAGUUCCUGGUGAAUUUGCAUCUUGAAAUUCAUCCUGGUAAUCCCAAAUUCAUGGGUUGCAUUCUCAAUUUUCUCAUGGCUCUCUGCUGUACUGAGAAAUUUGUGUUGAAGGAUUUUCUACGGAGUUUUCGGCACUAUCUGUUGUUUUACGUAAAUGGACAUUUUCGAGAAGAGCUGCCUUCCUUAUUAAAACUUUUUUGCUACACGACUCAUAUACUAGAUGAUGAGGACACAGCACGAAGUUUCAUUCCAGAAAUUCAGGCAGUGCUAGUAGAGAUCACUUCUCUAUUCGAGUCAACUGGUCGUAAGGGGGAUGAACUAGACAACUCAUCUCGGUGUUCUGAGUUACUUACAAAGAUUUGUCUUCUCGAGGCAGAGCUUUUCCUCGUGGUGCAAAUCCAUAGCAUGAAAAGCAAUACAAACACUUCUUCCCUUUCCUCCAUCAUGCUUCCCGAUUAUAAAGAUAUCAUGGACAACUGCAGACAAAUCCCCAGAAGACUGGGUACAUAUUCUGAGGAGUUGUCCCCAGAAACGAGAUUAGAUAGGAAAAAGUUGUUGGCACUGAUUGAGUCAACAUUCAAGGAGGAAAAAUCUCUUUUUGAGUCAUCUAGGCGCAAGGAAAUCACAGAGUCCGUGGCAAAAAACUCACUUCUGCGACUUCAUUUUAAGAUUGUGAUUUUCAAGGGAGAGUCGUUUCUGAACGAGCUAUUACUUCUGAAGAGCAAGAAUGAUGAAAGACUUAUGGCUCAUGGGGAAGAUCAAAUUAAAGUCCACCUUCGGAAGCUUGAGUAUAUCACACUAAUCCUGUCAGAUGAGAGAGUUAAGGAAAAAGAGGACAUAUUAGGAGCAAUUGGAGAAUCUUUUAGGAUGCUGACAUGUUUCUCAUACUAUUUCCUUAACACACAAGACGAAAUAACCAACCUUUCAUUUUCUGAGCAGUUAGAUAAUGUGGUGCAUUUGAUCAAGGUAAAGCUCACAGAUAUUAUUCCUAAAUUUCCAAAGUUAAAUUUUCCAAAGACUUCCAAACUGGAUUUCUUUGAUUUUCUUUGGAGAAACCUUGGGGAACUUCUGAGAUAUGAUCGUGCCUCAACUGCACCGGUGAAGCACCACAUGGAAGAGAUUCAAAUACAUCUCAAGUCAUUGAGGUCAUUUGUUGAGAAUGUUUCGGAGUUGGACGUUGCAAAGCAUCCAAAUCUACAAGAUCUUGUUGAUCGAGUCACUGAUUCAGCAUACAAAAUGGAGUACACUGUUGAUUCAAUUGAGGUUCAUGCUCAAUGGCAGGAUUUCUUCUGGUUAGCCAAUUUGCUGGAGGAGCUCAGACUUCUUAGCGAGGAGGCCAGGGGUAUUCAUUUGACAACAACUGGUGCGGAAGUCCAAGAUUCCAACAAUGUCUCCCCGGUUUCAGUUGACAAGUUAUCAACAAAAAAUACAUCAGCAAUUGACGAAAUUGUGGUGGAUCUCAGUAACAGAGACAAUGAAAUUCUCAACAAGCUGACUAGAGGAUCCUCAAAGCUGGAUAUUGUUUUUAUUGCUGGAAUGCCUGGUUUAGGCAAGACAACGUUGGCGAGGAAGGUGUACAGCAGUCUUAAAGUCAUGCGUCACUUUCAUCUUCGUGCAUGGUGCUCUGUUUCCCAAGAAUAUGAGAAAAGGAGAUUGUUGCUCGAAAUUCUAACAGGGAUUCAUGGGCUUACAGAAGAGAUUCGCCAAAUGAGGGAUGAAGAUCUCCAAGAUAAAUUGCGUAAGUUGUUACUGAAAAACAAGUAUCUCGUAGUUAUGGAUGACGUUUGGGGUAUUGGAGCUUGGAAUGACUUGAAAAACUCAUUCCCAGAUGAUGCAAAUGGAAGUCGAAUUCUGUUCACCAGUCGCCUCCACAGAGUGGCCUCGGAAAUUAAACCAGACAGUCCUCCUCUUUCUCUUAGCCUUUUUUCUCAUGAGGAAAGUUGGCAGCUGUUAGAAAAGAAGGUAUUCAAGGAAAAAUGUUGCCCCAGUGAGCUGCAGGGAGUCGGAAAGGAAAUUGCUUACCACUGUCAAGGAUUGCCUCUUGCUGUUGUUGCGGUUGCUGGUAUACUGAAAACGACAGAAAAAAGCCAAAAUUCGUGGAAAACAAUCGCAGAUAACUUGAGCUCACAAAUAAUUGAUAAUCCCGAAGCUAGGUGCAAAGAAGUCUUAAAUCUCAGCUACAAACAUUUGCCGGAGUAUCUUAAAUCAUGCUUUCUAUAUUUGGGAGUUCUUAAUGAAGGCAGAGAUGUUCUUGUCAGCAAGCUGAUACGGUUUUGGAUCGCAGAAGGUUUCAUACCAGAAACUAAUAAGGGCUCUGAAGAUGUGGCCGAGGCUUUCUUGAUGGAUCUAAUUGACAGAAGCUUGGUGAUAAUCUCCAAAAGAAGAUCCAACGGCAAAGUUAGAGCAUGUCGCCUCCACGAUCUUGUCCUUGAUUUCUGUAAGUCUCAAACCGAGGAUGAGAACUUCUUUCAGCUGAUAACCAGGUCUGAUAAUCCAUAUGCUUCUUUUCCUAAUACAGAUUAUGGUUUCGAAUUUGAUUUUUACCAUCAUUCAUCUCCCGUGUCAUUUGCAUCCUAUCGGUUGGCUAUAUCUUUGAAGAGAAGCCACUUUAUUGAAUCAAAACCUUCUGGCUUGGCCACCCGUUCUUUGGUUUUCUUUGCUUCUACAGAUUCAGAACCCAAACGCCCUUAUGACAUUUCAUUCAUUUGGCACAACUUCAAAUUGCUUAGAGUCUUGGAUUUUGAGUGCUUCAAUUUGGGUAUUUCAUUUCCCCUGGAAAUUGGAAUUCUGGUACAAUUGAGAUAUUUAGCAGUUGGAGGCUAUUUGAAAUCCAUUCCACAAUCGAUAGCCAACCUCAGGAAACUGAAAAGUCUUAUUGUGAAGGGAUUAAGUGGUAAGAUCAGCUUACCAAAUUCUAUCUGGCGCAUCAUAAGUUUAAGGCAUCUUCAUGUGAGUGUCCAUGUUGCUUUUGACUCAGAUGAUGAAAAGCUUGGCGAUAGCUCUGUAUUAGAAAAUUUGGUCAACUUUUCCUGCCCAUCUUUUUCUUGUGGUGAGGAUGCAGAAAGGAUAAUAAGGAGGCUUCCAAACCUUCGCAAAUUGAGUUGCAUAUUCUAUGAAUCACCAGAUUCUUCUACAAACUGCAAUCAGUUUCCGAGAUUGAAAUGUCUAACUCACUUGGAGUCACUCAGGAUAUUCUACUAUGGAAGCCCUCUUAACAAUGGCGAGUUCAACCUUCCUUUGAAUCUAAAGAAAUUGACUUUAUCAAACUUUCGCCUUCCAUGGAGUCAUAUCUCCACAAUUGGGAGACUACCAAACCUGGAAGUCCUCAAGUUACUUUCUGGUGCCUUUGUGGGGAAACUAUGGAAAGUGGAAGAAAAGUUUCAGAAUCUCAAGUUCUUGAGCUUAGACAGUCUGAACAUUGCUCAAUGGAAUGCCUCUUGUGAUGAUUUUCCCAAGCUUGAAAGACUCAUCUUACAAAAUUGCAAAGACCUUGAAGAAAUUCCAGAGGACUUUGGAAACAUACCUACAUUGGGAAUGAUUGAAGUGCAUUGGUGUGGAAGAUCUGCAGAAGAAUCUGCAAAGAGGAUUGAAGAAGAAUAUGGAGAUAUCAAAGUCCUUAUCAGGAGUUCAAAUUUGAGUUCUUGAGCACAAUUUGGAUCACGUUACUUGUACUUCCAGCAACUUAUAUUUUGGGGAAUUGGUGCUCAAAGGAAUGGGGGUUCAGGUCUAUAACUUGAAGACCACUCAGCUGGAACUUUGGAGGGUCUCGUUCACCAUAAGCAAGAAGUUGAUUGCCAAGCUUUGCCUCACAUUGGAACCUUCUAAUUUUGUAUUCUAGAUUACGUUUUUGAACUAAUGUAGCAAUCUGACCCUGAUUGCUAGCUAGCAUUUUGCCAUUGCCUCUAGUUAUUGAGCUCUACCUAAUUUUUAUAUCAUACAGUGAGUAUUUUAUGUUGAAUUCACAAUGAACUGAUGAAGCAGGGAGCCACUAGAUGCUUGUUUGAUGAAAUUGGAAUGCAAUUGCUUGUUAUGGUCAAAGACUAACUUUCUUC